ACACACCAACUCAUCCACAGUGGAGUUAAAGCUUACAGCUGUGACUUGUGUGGAAAGUCUUUUACCCGGGCUGGAGACUUAAAAACACACCAACUCAUCCACAGUGGAGUUAAACCUUACAGCUGUGACUUGUGUGGAAAGUCUUUUACCCAGGCUGGAGGCUUAAAAACACACCAACUCAUCCACAGUGGAUUUAAACCUUACAGCUGUGAGUUGUGUGGAAAGUCUUUUACCCAGACUGGAGGCUUAAAAACACAUCAACUCAUCCACAGUGGAGUUAAACCGUACAGCUGUGACUUGUGUGGAAAGCCUUUUGCCUGGCCUGGAGACUUAAAAAAACACCAACUCAUCCACAGUGGAGUUCAACCAUACAGCUGUGACUUGUGUGGAAAGUCUUUUGUCUGGGCUGGAGACUUAAAAAAACACCAAUUCAUCCACAGUGGAGUUAAACCUUACAACUGUGACUUGUGUGGAAAGUCCUUUGUCUGGGCUGGAGACUUAAAAAAACACCAAGUCAUCCACAGUGAAGUUAAACCUUACAGCUGUGACUUGUGUGGAAAGUCUUUUUCCCUGGCUCACAGCUUAAAAAAUCACCAAGUCAUCCACAGUGGA